UGGAGCUCAUCUGAUCUUCUUUGUUUGAAGAUAAGCUCCCCUUCGAAUUCAGCCGUGUUUAUUAGUUCUACACGAAUCGGAAGAGAGGUUGAGAUGGAGUCCUCGAGAAAGGUUGUAAUUCAAGCUCUUAUCGGGUGGGUUCUGCUUCUUGGUCUCAUCAGCGGGGCAGCUUGUCAAUCUGCCUGGGUUAAUCCACACAAUACUGCUCGAUCAGCAGUCGGAGUUGCGGGCCUUACAUGGAGUUCGACUGUAGCUACUACCGCUUCCCAGUGGGCCAACGAUCUAGCGUCUCGAGGUUGUCCCCUGCAACAUCGCCCAAACAACAUCUAUGGAGAAAACAUCUACUGGGCCAGUUGGGCGAGCACCCCAGCCGACGCUGUCAAUGCAUGGGUCGGUGAGAAAAUCUACUACACCUAUGCGACCAAUACCUGUGCAACAGGAAAAAUAUGCGGUCACUACACUCAGGUCGUGUGGAAAAACUCUACACAAGUGGGUUGCGCAAGUGCUGCAUGCCCUAACAACGGUGGCACCAUCUCCGUCUGCAACUACAAUCCUCCCGGCAACUACGUUGGACAGAAACCUUACUGAAUGUCUGACAGUAUGUUGAAGCGAGCUUGACAUGAUGAUGGAUUUCGCGCUUUCAUGGUUGAAGCCUGCUGGACUCAGCAUUGGCAUGGACGAUCUGCAACGGUGGUUCUAUAUCCAAGCUCGAUCUAGUAUAUGCAGCAAGAGAUUACGAGCUGAUACCUGACCAGAGUCAUCGAAGUAAUAAAUCAGGUUCCUAAUACAUAUGAUAGAGUGAUGAACCUUCUUCUGUGACGUGAUAUGAUUACGUGAUCCAGAUACUGGUAUCUCAAACCGGAAGGUCUGAAUACAUCCGAUCAUAGUUAACACGUUGUUGAGAAUCUUCUAAAUUGAUAUAUACUUUAGAUGAAGUAUGUAGUUCGAACAGAUAAUGACCACUGCGGACGUUGGGAAUGUCCAUCUUCAGUUUGCAAAUGAAUAGGGGUUUCAGAAUUUGUGCAUUGUUCAUGCAUUUGAAGAAUCAGGAAUUAUUUCGUGAUUCUUCGAAUCAGGAAACAUAAUCUGAAGUGAGCUUGUAAGAAUGUCUUAUUGUAAGACACGUAGAUUCUGAUCACCGUCACUUGAAUUGAUCUUGAGCAAUUCUCAGGACCAAAUCAAGUUUGGACUCUUGUCAUGGUCCCCAAUAAAUGUCAUUCUGUUCAAUGAUCAGAUACACUCUUUAAGAAU